AUGAACGCCGCAGGAACCUGUGAAGGAUCGCUCCAGCGCGGCGACAGGAACGGAUCCAUUAAAAGUUUCAAACUAAAGCAGAAAUUGGGAAAAUGCAGGAAGAAGAAUAGACCAGUGCCCCACUGGUACAGGUUGAGAAAGGACACAAAAAUUAGAUAUAACACAAAAAGAAGACACUGGCGACGAACAAAGUUGGGACUUUAA